UUUAACAUAAUACAAACUAAAGCAGAACAGAAACAAAACAUCCAAAACUUUUAUUCUUCUUGGGAAACAGACAAUGUAGCAGGACACAGCCAGGAGAUAAAACAUGACAAAGGAUGAGUGGUGACUGAGCGAAUACACACAAACACAGAAUAACAACAACAUAAGACAGGAAAUAAAUAACACUGAGACCAGGAGUAAGACUUAGACGGACGGGUCUGACACAGAGAUAGAAGACAAAACACACAAGACUGAGGGAACAGAAUGGGAACACAAGAGGGGGUUAACCUAAAGAUUUAAAAACUGAGAACUAAAGACAUGAAACCACAACACCAAAGGUAUAAGGAAAUAAUAAGACAUGAAGACACUAAGAAAUAACAGAGAUAUUAACAUAUAAUCAAAACAGAAUACCAAACUAUAAAACAAAGAUGAUCAAAGAAAACCCAAAACAUCCCCAAAGCUUAAAGACACAGGGACCGUGGCAACACUAUGUUUUAAUAAGAAAUAUUAAGUUUCAUCUAAAAUCUGUUUUACUGGACUUAACAUAAAAUAUUUUUUUAAAGUCUAAUUUUAGACUUGAUUCAUCUUAAAUACUUCUGAAAUGAUAAGUUCAUUUUUAAAGUACUUAACGUGUAUCAUGUUGUUUGUUUCAUUUGUAUAGUUUUUUUCAAUAAUCAAAAGAAGAAAAAAUCUACAUAGAAACUAUUAUUUGAAGUAAUAUAGUAUAUUGGUGCAUUGUGUACACUGCUUGGUAAACAUAAGAGGACUAUGUCUGUGAAGGUUCUCAGUCAUUCACGUCAUCGUAGUUUAAGGAGCUUGGAAAAAGAAAAGCGUCUGGACUUAAGAGGACUAGUUUUGACGUUUUCUGGUCCAACGGUGGCAUCCAGUGGACCCUCCAGGCAUUAAGAGUUCCGCUUUUUACAGGAUGCGUUCUUAUGAAAACUGGGAGUAACGACAUGACUGGCGGCAUUUUUCUAAACCAACGCAUGGACACACGCAGAAAAUAAAACAGUCUGUGUGAUAUCUGAACACAGUGCCAUACAGGCACCUCCAGCUGACAGAAACAACUGGAAAACACGGACCGGAUUACCGGAUUACGAUGCUAGACGGACUUCAACCUGUCCAUGGUGUACCUCACCUGUCGCCCCAUGGCAGCCAAACUAGACCCCAGACCCCACCGACUGAACUGUGACCUGGACAGAAAGGUGCAGAGUGCACGCAGAGUUCAGCAGAGUGCAGAAGGCACUGGAAAAGUCAAAUCAGUGAAGUUGGUUCAGAGUGAAGGACACACCGAACUCAGAAAACAUGGCUUGUACAUCACAGUCUGCCAAAAAUUAUGUCAAGACUGCCAGAGUCCAUCUUGUGAGAGAAUUGAAGAAUCUGUCUGUGAUUGUGCAGAAUUUGAAUCAGAAAGGAGUUCUUGGUGAGGAAGAGGUCAGCUUAAUACAGGCAGAGAAAACUGAUGAAAACAAAAGAAGAAUGAUACUGGACUCAGUCAUUAAAAAAGGGGAAGCAGCCUGCUAUGAGUUACUCAAGAUUAUAGACAUGACGAGGAAGAGGACUUUAGGGAGGCUUCCUUUUCUUUCUGAGAAAACGAAUGAAACUUCCAGAGAGACCAAGUUUGACCUGCACCACUGGAUCAGCUGCUUUUCUUUCAAGGAAGAACCACAAAUGGACAGGAACUACUUACAAGGACCGAGGCCGUGCCACAGAUAUCAGGAAAAGUUAAAAUUAAAAGUAAAGAAAAUAUUAAAUGACUUUUGGGCAUCAAGUAAAAACCUGUUUGAAGAAAACAAGAAGCCUGAUCUCUUGUACAUUUCUCUUAUAUUAGACACACAGAGCAAUGCUUCUCCAUGUAAAAUAAAGAAACUGAAGAAAAAGAAAAGCAAGCUGAGUCGCCCUAAAAAGCUAAGGACAUACAUCCCUGAAGAGAAACCAGACAUUUCUCCCUGUGAGCUGCUGAAAACAGAUAAAAACAUAGUCUUGGUUGGAAAACCUGGUAUUGGAAAGACAGCGCUGACUCAUGAAAUGCUGAGACUCUGGGCAGAAAGAGAAAGCAAAGAGCUUGAUUACAUGUUUUACUUUGACAUGAGGGAAAAAGCACACAUCACGAAUGUUAAAAACUUGGAGGAUCUGCUUUUCACUGUGUUCAGUGAACCAGAUGAAGGCAAAGAUGAGGUCUUACAGGAUAUAAAGAGACACUCUGAUAACGUCACAAUCAUUUUUGAUGGACUCACAGAUCUCUCUUCACCAGUGGUGGAGAAACUUCUGAACAAAGACCUGCUGCCGCUCGCAAAGAUCAUCAUAACAUGCAGAGCAGAUGAUGAGGAUGAAGACUUGUUUUCUGGGAACUUUGACAGAGUGGAGGUGAAAGGCUUUAGUGAGCAGACUAUAAAAACAUAUUUAUCUGCAACACUCGGUGAAGAUCAGAAGAAAGUUUUGAGUAACUUGGAACUGAUAACUCUUUGUCAUGUCCCCAUGUAUGCACUGAUGGUGGCUGCUUGCGUUUCAUCAAAACAUGUACCACAGCCAUGUACAAUAACUGAGAUAUACAUCAAUAUUGUUCGAUUCUGCCUUCAGAUAAACAGCAAAACAAAGAAAAAAGAUCUAAAUUCGUUCAUCAGCACCAAAACGGAAGAAAUUCUGUCUCUGGCUGAAGUUGCUUUUCUUGCAACUCAACAAAAAUCUGUGAACCUGACAAACCUGACCUGUAAAGACAGCUGUGUCUUGUCCUUCCUGAAACCACUUCUCAUUAAGGAGGCCGUGACUGAAACAAUAACCACACAUGCAUUUCUCCAUUACACAGUGCAGGAGUUUUUUGCAGCACUGUGGCUCCUAACAAAUCCUGAUAAAAUCAGAGAUGUUUUUCAGCAGUGCCUCACAGAGGAGAAGAAACACAUGAAACAUCUGAUCCCCUUCAUGUGUCGACUGUUGAAUGAGAAGAGCCCAAGUUUGAUGAAGCAUCUGAUUCCAGAUCAGGACCUGAAGAAUACAUCUAACUGGUACUUCAAGGAGCUGAUAAACACAUUUCUUCCUCAUCUGUGUGAGCAAGAAGAGGCUGAUACUGAGGACAGUGGGCUCCAUGUUGUCAUACUGUUCUUAUGCCAGUGCUUGUAUGAGUCCCAGAGUCCUGAAGCGUGCAUCUACCUUCUGGACAAACUGGACUACCAUCUUGACCUCAGUGGAGAGAGUCUGGAUCCUUACCCUUGCUGUGCUGUGGCCUAUGUGGUCACUCAGUCAAAGGAAAGGAAAAUAAGGCUGAACCUCGAGGACGUGAUCAUAUCCGAACAAGGAAUGAGACAGCUGUUCAGAUGCCUUGAAAAUGUUGAGUGGUCUGACCUUCUGCCUCAACAGCUUUGGAAAGCUUUCCUUCUCAGCGAAGAGCAGAUGGACUUCGUAACCUUACUCAGUCUUGAUGGAAAUCAUUUGCACCUUCCAAGUCAAGGUGAAAAGCAGCUGUUUGAAAGAGCUGUGGAAGUCAUGCAGUGGAUGUCUACAAAGGUUAAUGUCUGCCUCUACUGGGACAGAGAAACUCCUGCCUGUCAGAGUCUGUCUUCAGAUGUCCAUCUUUUUGGAGCCAAGAGAAAUACCAUGGGACACUGGAGAAGGAGCAGGAAAAUCUGUUCAUGGAUUUAUGCCUGAAAGCAGCACUUAAUAACGGAGCGAAAUUUUACAAUGUUGCGAAGAAGCUUCUUUCAUUGUUUCAUGUUAAAACUGAGUUAGAAAACAUCCUUCUUGAUUUAUAUCAACAUAUUAAAAGCAGAGGAUUUUCAGUUAACUUUGAAACACUG